AUGGCGAGUCUGUGCAGAAGGCAGCAAUGCACGAUCGAGAGGCGCGGCUUUCGGCAGGAACUUGACUCGUGGCGGCAUAAACUCAUUCACUGUGUAGGGUUUGAAAGCAUUUUGGAAGGGCUGUUUGGACCAGGACUUGUAAAAGAUCUAACCCUCUUUCAAGAUUGUGAGCCAGAGGAAGUGUCAGAUUGGUCAUUCAAUGAAAACUGUCUCUUUUGCUGCUUAAGACGUGAGAAAGUGAAGGAAAACUUUGGUUCGAACAACCAAGUAUCAUCAGAAGCAGACAGCUUCAAGCAAGAGCAGUACAAUAUUAACAAACUUGAGAAGCAAGCAGAGGACUUCCUCAAUGUUGUCUUCUACAGAAAGGACCUCCCAGGAUUCACAGACCCCCACAUUCCUCUAGUGGCUCGUGAGAUCAUGCAGCGAAUGAUCCGACAGUUCGCUGCGGAAUAUACCUCAAAAACCAGCUCAACUCAGGACGUACCCAACCCCCAGUCCCAGCCCAACGGCACCAAGGACCAAAGCCUGCCGAAAGCCCCGUCGCUGGAGCCGGACGCCUCCACACCUGCUCCCGUUUGUGGUGGCGCCGGUACCGGCACAGCUGCCUCCGCACAGAAUCCCGUCCUCAGCAAGCUUCUCAUGGCAGACCAGGACUCGCCGCUGGACCUCACAGUCAAGAAACCAGAGACAGAACCCAGUGACCAAGAUGGAGUCCUUGACCUCUCAACUAAAAAGAACCACAAUCAUGGUAGUGUCUCGCUUAAAAGCUCUCAUGGUUUCUCAAUCGUGCCCACAAUUAAGGGGCGUUCCCAGAGAGCUGGUCACAACUACAGAGAUGUUGAUGAUGAAGAUGGCUUGCCACCGAGAAGCUUGCAUGAUGAGAUAAGGGAGAAUUGUAUUGGUUCUGGACCCCUCAAGCCACCGUUGGCCCGCUCACUUCUUAUAAAAGAGGAGCUCCUGAGCCAGAAACACCGCCUCAUUGGCCAACCGACAGCUCUUUCAUUGGCUAGCCUAGAGUCUGUAAGUCUCCUCAAUAGCCAAGCUCAAUCCCUCCUCUCUCGUGAUGGAACCUGGGGAAAAACCCCCCUGGAUAGCCUCCUGAAGCUUAAACAAGCGAGCGGGAAGCUUAGUGACCUAAAUGAUCUGGCUCUUUACCAGGAGACCCAUGGAGUAUUCACCAAAGGCACAAAGUCCCUUGAUGGCAGUUCCUCAAUAAAGAAAGAAACAGGGCAUUCUCCUCCAGUGGACUUAAAGAUUCCUCAAGUCCGAGGCAUGGAUCUGUCUUGGGACUCCCACGGGAAUUCCUCCGAUCUGUACACUUACGGCUCCCUCGCUAUGGCCAAUGUGCACUCUGAGAAUGCGCUCAGCAGGAAGCUGAGAGCCAUCUUGCCAAAGCAGAAUCGCAGGUCCCUUGGAGGCAUUCUUGACGGAGGAGCUGUGGGCGAGUACUGGGGCGCAGACAUCGAACAACCAAAUUUGGGACCCCAGUACCCAACAUCUGAUCCAGAGGCAGAUCCAACAGGCUCCAAGCAACCCAGAAAGAAAAGGGGACGGUAUCGCCAGUACAACAGCGAGAUACUAGAGGAAGCCAUUGCUGUGGUGAUGGGUGGGAAGAUGAGUGUUUCCAAGGCGCAAAAUAUCUACGGUAUUCCCCACAGUACCUUGGAGUACAAGGUGAAAGAGAGGUUGGGCACACUGAAGAACCCACCAAAGAAAAAGCUUAAACUGAUGAUGAGGGCUGAUGGGCAGGACUCUGGGAUCACUGCUGAAACCGAAUCCACGUCAACCCCUACUACCACGCACGUGGAUGUCACAAGUGGAGACAAAGUCGAGUAGAAUACACAGAACACCUCAUAAAAUGGAAACAUUUCAAAAUCUAACUGAAACAAAAAAAACUAAGAAUUCCGAAUUGAGGACGGGGCUUUAAUUGUGCCAAUUUACUUGCAGUAUCUGGGUGAGCACAACUGCAGGAAAACAUGGGAGGAUUUAAGCGUGACAACUUGGGAUAAGAAAGAAAUUGGCAGUUAUCUUAGUGGUCACAUUGACGCUGCAAGCAUUUGUUGAUGUUUUUUACAACGUUAAGCAACAAAUGCGUACUAAAGCCAUAAGAGAGUAAAGACAGAGACAUUUUAUUAUAGAAAAAAAAAGAGAUAAAUCUUUCAUUCGCCCCCCUUCAUCUGAACUUUUUGAGCUGCACCAUUAGUGCUGAUACGUUUGGACGGCAUGCCAUAUAUUAUAAGAAAUGAGAAGUGGGCUUUGGAGGGUUGCGUGCAAGGAAUUUGACCCUUCAAAAAUGAAUUUAUCUCUUCUGAUCGGUAGGUUUAUGAAAUAAGUCUUUAAAACGAAUUCAUUUGGAGUUGACAAGGAUUCUCACCAGGAUUCUGUCGCUAGGGCCCCCUUUUUUCUAUUAACAGGUAAAACAUUUUCUUUCAACCCUUCAUAGUUUCCUCCUUUUAUAUUCUGCACCAUUGAAACAGACUAAGAAUUAGACAUGUCCAUUUAAAAAAAAAAGCUUAAGAUUAGUCAUUCAGGGAUGCAUGUUUGUGAUGUUUAAAAAACGUCUUUUUUACGUUACUGUAACUAAAACUUUCUUUAACUCUAGCGCUUUCUUUUGCACUACACUUUCAGUCUGGCGCUCGCCAGAGCCUAAAUCUGGCAAUUAGACCUGAUUACCUCGACAUUGCUUGCAUUACGCACUUACUGUUCUGUCUUGCAUACUACAUAAUACUCAUUUUAAAAUACACUUUUCUCUUGGUGAGAGUCUCUCGCUCGUAAAUGGAUUUAUACUCCCGUGAAGGGACAAUGCCGACUUGUACCACACAGAACAGGAACGUGUUUUCAAUUCACAUCUUUCUACUUAAAUUAUUCGAGGGAGGGUGCGUUCAGUCAAUUUUUGGCUCGCCAUUCCCUCAUCGCUGCUUAUAGUCAGUCACUGACGUGUAUAUUUAUAAAAAGAAGAGCAUUUUUUGCCAAGGGUUGGUUUUGGGGAGGGUGGAAUAUAGGUGGGUAAAGGGUAGUGUUAUGACCACAUAACUCUAUUAUGUUUUAAAUUAGCAUUUCGACAGAGAGCCAAUUCUUGUCUCUGAAUGGUUUAUUUUCCUCAUGUAUAACUCAGGGCAACUGAGGCAAAUAUAGCGAUCAUGUUUUUAGAGAAACAAUGCAGAUCUUACUUGAAGUGGAACCUGUGACGCAUUCUCAGUCAGUGAGUUGGGUCAGGGGCAGGGAUUUAUACCGGGCGUAGGUUGGGUCGAGCUAAGCCAUGGAUUGCGGAUAUCAGUGGGAUAUUAUCAUUCGAAAGAGCUGGCCAGUUGGGAUUUUUCUGAGACCUCUCAAAAAAAAAAAAAUAGCACUUUGUUUUAAAAUUAAGCGAUUAUGUUCGGAUGCGUGUUUCAAAGUAGCUUUUGCGGUAGCAGAUAGCAUUAAGGAGAUCAUAAGGGGAACGUCUUGAUAGCCCUCACCAUCCUGAAGCGUAGACCCAAACAUGCUAGAAAGAAAAUUACCUCUUCGAAAUACAGUGGUUGACAGCUUGAAUUCUCAGAUUUGUCUAUUGUUGCCAUCACUGUCAAUUGUCAUAUCGCCCCUCUUUCCAAUCCAAACGGUGUCGUAUAAUGUAUAUAAAAGAAGGCUUUUGGAAUGGCAUGCUCCACUUUGAUGUUGUUGAAAGGGCAUUCUGGUCUAUCACUGCCUGGUGCUCACCCAGUCUGUGACAAAAACUGAUAUUAUAAACUUCAGGGUUUCUGAUGAAACUGUUAAAAACACUAAUGUAAUGUACCUCUUUAUUUAUUGUAUUAUUUAAUUUGAAUCAUUGAUGUAAAUGGCAUGCACCUGUUUAGCACCAGAUUUCAUUCAUGACAUCUUCAAAUCUGACACUUGGAAAACCACUUGGCUCUUGGAAAAUGUAUAUAUAUAUUGGGCAAUUCUUACAACUUGGAUGUAAGCUGUUAUUUUUUGUUAAUUAUCCCAAACAUAUAUCAGUUAACAAAUUAUUCAAAUUAUUUUAUUUUACUGGUUUUGUUUAAAGAAUUUCCUUUUAACCUUACACUUUAACCAUACUACUGUACAUCAUUGAAAACUAGAAUUUAGAGUAGAAGGCUUUUUAAGAAUAGAUUGACAAUGGAGAAUACAUUUGGUGAUCCAGCAUGAAAUGCACCAACACUUUAGUAAUGCCGAGCAUUUAAAGUGUCUAAUUUGAGUUUAGUUUGUAACAAUCAAUCAGGCUAUUUAUCAAUCAAUGUGAUUUGAAAUACUACUGACAUUUGCUCAAUAUUUAUUUUUCCCAAAUUAGUAAAUAACUAGUCCAAGAUAGUUAGUAGCAACUAUAUUAUCUGUUUUUACUAGUAUGUGCAGAUUCUUUUAUAAUUAGAAAUGCACCGAUAUGUUGGCCAAUAACCAUCGCUCGCUAAAAGCAAUUUUUCACACGUAAAAAAACAGCCGUUGUUCAGGGCCGAUAUAUCCUGUCAAACAAAAGAGGACAGAAAAAUGCAAUGAAUUUGUGCUCUGCGUAUAUAAAAUGUUAAAAAAUAUCACCAAUUUGAUGUUCUAUAUAAUUUGUCAUUAUAUAAAUUAAUAACAUUCAGAAAGUUAAGAAAAAUUUAUUUUAAUCUUCAGAAUCGGAAUCGGAACUGGCCAUCGGUAUCUGUGGAAAAAUGUUGUACGGGUGCAUCUCUAAUAUUUAGGUUUUCCCCAUUAGUAAAUUACUAGUCCAAGAUCAUGAGUAUCAACUAUUAAAGCAGAUUCUACUAUAUUUAGAGAUGCACCGAUAUAUCGGUCAAGGCUCAGUAUACGUCAAUACUGAUACAGUCAAUAAAAUGUUUAGAAAUAUCACCAGCUUGAUGUUCAAUAUUACUAGACAUUAUAUGAAUUAAUCAUAUUCAGAAAGUUAUGAAAUAUUAAUUGAAUCUUUAUCACCGGUAUCGGAACUGGCUAUCGGUGCAGCUCUAAUAUUAAGGUUUCCCCUAUUAGUAAAUUACUAGUCCAAAAUCAUAAGUAUCAACUAUAUUAUUCAGUUUUUUUCUAUUAUGAGCAAAUUCUAUUAUAAAAAUUGGCACUUAUGAUUUAUUGCACUGAAGGCCAUGACUGGAGUUUGUUUUGAGGCACUUAAAUCUUCGGCCCUUUCCUAGAGCAUAAUCUUGAGCCACUCUAUUGUAAAUCUUGUGGUAUCAUCAGCUGUCUGAAUUACUAAGGUGCAUGCCAUUUCAACAUAUUUAUUUGAUUUCGCUAAUGUAUUUUUAUCACAAGGUUAACGGCUCCCCCUGUCCAAAAAAACUCCUCCUGUUUAUGCCAUUGUUUCGCACUUCGAAAUGAAACCUUUACACAAUGAAUGUACUGAACCAUAACAUGUUGUUUGGGACACAGCACUUUCAUAUUUCAUACCUUAAACAGACUGUUUUCGUUUCUCCUCUUGCUGCUGGCGUUACAAUAGCUCUUUAUUUAUUUUGUUUGUUUUUCUGAAAUGUACACCUGUAGCCUUCAGUACUUUCGUAUCUCAGGAUAGAUUCCGCAGAAGGGUUUGCAAUAUUUGUCAGUCAUGACGCAGACGUAACUAACUACCUGUACAAAAUGUGCAGAGACAUGUGAUAGUAUCUUUGCACAAUAUACCUCAUCCUUGGGAAUAAACGCACCUUUCUGUGCCACACACUUAAAUACCGUUCAGGGGCACGUUGAAAAGGAGCAGUUGAACUCUGGGAAAUUUUCCUCUUCUUCACCAUCGUUUUCGUCUUCUGUGAGAGAGAUGCCAGGCGACGUGUCUGACUGACCAAUAUUUACACCCUUUUCAUUCAGGUACUUUGUGAAAGCCAAAUUUUUGAAAAUGUUCAGAAAUUUCGCUCAACAUUUUGGGUUCAGAUUUUGCCAAUAACCAGUCCAGUCAUUGAUGUUAUCGUAUAACGUUGAUCCUCAAGGCAAGUGUGUAAAAUACAGAUAUGGAGGUCUGAAGGGGAGAAUAUGGGGCAGGUGGAAAUGUUAACCUUCUGUUCGUCUUUGUGUGGUCUCUGUACACUUGUUUUUAAACUGCAUUCCAAAAAUUUCUAAAGAUACCUUUAUAUGGAAGAAAAACCUAUACAUACUGUAUACAAAUGAAUAUAUUAUAUUUAUUUUACGGUUUAUUAUUUUAUUUUUUUUCUGGUUGAAAUUGAAAUGCUACAGACAGCUAUAACCUCAGUUUCUGUACCAAAUGAAGUGCCAUUUGUUUUGUCUCAAGUCACUGACGAUUUUUUUUCUGACAAUUUUUUUUUAGUUUGAAAAGUUUUCGACCUCCACUGCAAAUCCACAUAACAGCAUUACCUCAGGUUAGAUCUCUCCAGAGCAGCUGAUUGUACGUUUAGCUGUAAAAAUCAAGACCUUUUCUUGACUUUUACACGUGUUUCCAAAACACAACUACUACUUUAUGGAAGCAGUUUUUAAAUAACACUAGUCGUAAUUAUUUUUCGUCUGUUGUAUUUCAAAUAUAUACAUCUAUACCUUUGCUUAACUAAACCACGGGUCUCUUUUUAAAUGCAAUUAUUGACAUUAGCACACAAAAGAAAUAGGACACAUGACUUACAAGUUAGCACACACUCGCAUAUAACAAAACAACAUGUGGGUGGAUUAUAUAUACUUUAUAAGGCUAUUGGUCUGAAAGAUCUGAGACUUGUUGGUUGUGAAGGUUAGGGCAUGUAUGGAAAUAGAGGCACUCCAAAUCCAAGGUGUUGUUUUAUCUUACGGCAUUCUUGUUCGAAUUGAUGCAUAUUUGUGUUGUUUAUGAUUCAAUGCAUUGCGACGUCCUGUUUUUCACAGCAUUAUAAAUCAAGUUUAUGAGCGUUUCAAGUGGUUAUACUGCAUUUCUUUUGCGUUUUCAUCAUUUCAAAGCGAAAAGGCACACCUUUAUGCAGCGAUGAAGCAACUUCUGGUCUAUUACAUUUUCACACUUGCUAUAAAUUGGGAGAAUUGAUUUGUCAGCAAACACCGUCCUCCCCUUGGACUAAACAUACCCAUUGUAUUGUCAAUCUAUGCACUAAAGAGAGUAAUGUUGCACCAUUACUGUGUGUGUCAUUAUAUUUAAUUCUUUUAGGGGGAAUUUUCCCAUUAGAGAACUUUAAGGCACAACAUUUAACUAAGUCAAAGAGUUGAAAAUUUUAUUCAAUUUUGAAGUCUAUCAUUUGCAGCACUGAAGCUUAAAAUAGCUGUUGUCAUGGUACUUGCAGCCACGGUAAAAUACGUAUUUUGAAUGUAAGCUCCCAGAGAAACAUGUCAUGGAAAAAAUGUUAGAAUAUGCAUUUACGAGGGUUGCCACUUCAGCUCGAAAUGCACUGAAGUGCAACUUGGUUUAAGCCAUUUACGUCUGAGAAUCAGUCCGAUACAUCAUGUUUUUUAAUGUUUAUUCGUUGUGGUUUCAUCUAGAGUGCCUGUUUUUGCAACGUUCAAUCGUCGUUGAUUGGCUUCAAUUUCGAAAUUGCAUUCAAAUUGUACGCAAACAAUGAGUAAUCUGGACAAUUUAGUAAACCGCAGUUAUCCGCAAGCCAAUCAUAGCCAUCAAUAAUUGAUAACAACAAUCGAAAUCAUUUAACAAGGUGACUUACAAUCUAUAUAUUCGUUUUUUUAUAAGUAUUACAUUAAUGAUAUACUUAUUUUAGAUUUUGUUGUUUAAAAGUGAAGUGUGUAAUUUCUGUGCCACCAGCAUAGUUGCUGGAAUAAAUGACUAUUUUUUAACAUUACAUUUCAAACUGAUCACUUUGCCUUUAGUUGAAACAAUGUUGGCAGGUUUGGCAAAGCUUUCAAUCACAUUAUUUAAUCCUUUCUCUGAAUCAACCAAUAAAUGGGUCUUUGUAAACUAAGCUAGAUUUUAAGAAAAAAAAAUACGACACACUUCACCUUUAAGAUAGAUGAAAUGAUAGAUGAGAAGAUCCAGAAUAGGUGUAAGAGAAACUGUGAAUUUUAUGGAACAGAGCCAUGAAAAGUCAACAUCCAACCACUACAUCAAUUGUCUAGACCAAUGUUAAGAUAAGUGAAGACUUUCCUCUCAACACGAUCAAUGGCUUGCUCAGUUAGAGGUCGAACGGAGCUGUGUGGAAAUGUGCUUUGUCAAAUGGCCAAGGUUCUGCUCAAGAACUUGAGAGGUUUUGGCUGUGAAAGGGCUCUUGUGUUGCCAUGACAAUCUUGCAAGAUCAUUCACUCAUAAAGGUGUGCCUAUUCUAAUUCUUCUUGUUUAAAUAUUCACAUUUUACUUUUAAUCCAUGGACUGUGCAUUAUUUCAGUGAGAUACGAGCAUUUUUAUUGGCUUUCUACCAUACAUUUUGUCUCUGUGUAAUAUUACUUUGUCAUUUAACUCUUAUUUUUUAGACCCAAAUGGAGAAAACAAAAGAUAGAAACAUAGAAGUUAUGAUAUUUCCAAACAAGCGUCCAUUGAGUUUUGAACAUUCUGUAUUUCUGCUGUGCUCACCCCCUAUAGCUUGUUGGCAUUGCAUUGAAUUUGAUGAACAAAUCUGCUCUUAAACAUAAAUGUCACCCAUGACUGUUCAACCCUGCAAUCAGUUUUGCAGGAAUAGAAUUAUUAGUUUUGCUACCUCAACUUGCAAAUGGUUUCAUAACGUCGCCCUUUGGUAGUGAAGCAAAAAUGACUUGUAUCUUGUGGGACUGACAGUCCCUAACGGCGUUUUAUUGAUCAGGUUUUGGCAAUGUAACAAUGGUUUGACCGGCUUACCGGCUGGAACCUGUAUGUAGCAUUUCAGAUGCAGGGAUAACACUGGCUCAUCAUUCCAAAAGAGUGUCACGGCCCCAUUUGGUUAGAAAGCAGUUGAAUACAUUCCACACUAACAUAUGUGUACCUCAUACGGUUUUGGGGUAGAGGGAAUAACUCUUCUUUUUGUUAUAAAUGUUUUUUAAUUAUGCAUCCUUGCAUCUCUUAGACCAGGUUGAUCACCGACCCCGUCUAGCUCCUUCACACUGCCCCAGCUAGCCCAACAAACUGGGUUUUAUGAAGGAGUGUGUUGGUUGGGGCGGUGUGAAAAUGACUGUUGUGUUUAAGAUCAGGAAUUCGACAGGCACCUUUAGAAUGUUUGAAAUGUUGGGGCAGUGUGAACCAGCCAUGAGGUUGGAAAUGCGUUGUUCUUGUGCAUUUCUUAAAAAUAUUAUAAUCACGCCAUACCUUACAAGUCUGUGCCCUUUUUAUAAGCCAAAUGCAGUCUGUGUGCAGUAUCUUCGUUUUGCGAGAAAUCUGUUGCAUAUUUAGUUCGGUCGCACUCAUACACUGAUGUUGGUGCAUUGUCGCAACCUUCGUGAGUUCUGGAGCAAAAAAUGCCUUUUGCUAUCCGUUCAGUUUUGCUAAUAUUUCAAGUACUUUUUCAAGUUUUGUCAUUUCUGAGAAUAGAGUCGUAACAUUGUAAAGUUUCUGCAUUCAGUGUAGUAUAAUGAUUGGAUACCGGUCUCCCGUACUCCUUCAGGUUAAUGCAUGAGAGUGGAAUGAUAAGGCUCUGCUAAAGACUGGCUAAAGGUUUUUCGAUAUUUCUUUAUACUGUUUAUAUUGUGAUUAUUGAAAAAAAUCAUAAAGUGGUUUGCGAUCCAUUCUUUCACGAAGUGUAAUACGUUUCCGCAUAAAGUCCCAUAGCAAGAGGAUAUUAGUCCAGAAUGACAUUGUAACAGAUCCACCACUACGUGGUUCCAAAACGUCUUUAGUUUGAUUACUUUGCAAUACAAAACAAAUUCUCCGAAAACGAGUAAAGCAACGCAAUACUUUUGGUUUAGGUCCCCUCGACUCAAUGUGUUUUUUGUCACAGGCCCAAGAUAUAAGGUCACUCAACGGCCUGACAACUUUUUCAAAUGAAAAAGAUUCCGCCAAAUACCCUUAGUUCAGUGCUUUAUGAACAGCAAAGAUUGUAAAGUACGAAUUACCUGGGGAAACAAAAAAAUGGAGGUUUAAACUCUUGUUUGGUCCAUCGAGACUGGCAUGGCCACAAAGACUAUUUGUUUUGUUUCCUCUGUCUGUACAACUUGUGAUGAUGUGUUUCAACUUAAAGAAAAAACCUUACAACACAGAAUACCUCAGAUAAUAAAUCCAUGUAAAUCUUGACAGCCUCCACAUGUAGAUAGAGCCCAGUUCACUGCCACCCUCAUCCAUGCGGUCAGGAGGACCGCAUUUGUCUGUUAAUUGUCAAUCAUUUCAAUACCUGUUGUAACGUUGUGGAGGUUUCAUUACUUUUUUCUUGUCCUGUUUGUUCUUAACAAACAAAUGAAACAUUUAUUGAAUUAUAUUUAGUGUCAACAAACAGAACUGCAAAAUCAUGAUUGUUGUCAAUCGAUUCUUUUAACACAUUGGUCAGUCAAAUAAAUAUUCCUACGCCACACUUGCAACAUUGGUUGAGCCAAUGUUAUAAUGGAGUCACAGUGUUAACAGUUUGGAAUCAACUCAACAAAUGGGUUGCUUAGAGUUUAGUAGUAGCAAGUAUUUUAACAUUGAAAAAAAUGACAAUUUAACUGUAGGCAUUGCAACUACAAGAUUUUGAGACACAGAGACCAUUGCAGAUGCUACAAAGUUGAGCAGAGUUCAGCUUUAUGCGAAUGCAAAGGGAUAACCACCAACAACAUGUCAAAGCAGUGUUCAGUACUCCGGGGGGGGGGGGGGGUCUCCCAAAAUGGUUUAAAUAUCUUUCUAUAUAAAACACCUGAUUCCUAGUGUAUGAACUUGGGUGACUAAUUAACACACCAACUAAAAUUAGGAGUUAGGGCUUGAAUCAGGUGUUUUAUAUAGGGAGACAUCCAAAACAUCCUGGAAGGGGAGGCCCCGAUGACUGGAUUUUCGAAACAGCAUCUUAAAGGUAGACUCUUUUGGGAAAGGGCUCAUUCUCCAACUCCCCCAGAGUUAAUAAAUUGAGUUUUACCGUUUUGGAGUAUAUUCAGCCGAUCUCCGGGUCUGGCGAUUUAACUUUUAGCAUGGUUUAGCAUAGAAUUAGCAUAGUUUGCUACUGUAAGAUGGCCAUGGCAGGGCAUUUAUAUCACGCAUCGGAUGUGAAACCUUCAGUCAUCAUAUCCAACAUGAACAAAUGCUUGUACAAGGAACGUGAUAUCAAUGUGCCUGCUGCCAUGUUACGGCAGCAAACUUUCUUGAUUAUUACUGCGGAAAAGGAUUAAAGUUCCUCAUCAUAUCAGCCUAGAAAAUGGCAACUUUUAAUUUUCCGCCAGUUUUAGCACACAAUAUAAGUACAGAAGAGUCAAGAUUUAAAUAGGAAAAAUAUCAAAACUCUUGGGUCAAUUUUGAACCUGAUGCUACUGGUCUAAUUGGAUUCAAUGCUCUAUGCUAAGCUAUGCUAUACGUGCUAUCACCACAACCAGAGAUCGUCUGAAAAAAACUCACCAUCGUCACUACAAACUUAGAGUUGUAGAAUGAGCUUAUUUCCAAAGAAAGUGGAGUGUUUCUUUUUAAAGUGAAGCUAAUAUGAUCCGUCGCCUGAUUACAGUUGGAUAUUGUUUGUUCCAGUAGAAAUGUCCUUGGUAAAGAACCAAACCAUUUUAUUUUUAAUCUUUUUAAACUUUAAUCGCAUGUUGUAUUUUUGAAAAAAACAUGUUGUAACACUAAUGACUCCAAGAGUGGCAGAAAACUGGUCCAAAAACCACCAUGAACUGUUUUAAGCUAUAAAAUGGGUUUUCGUUUGUUGAGUUCAAACUGAAAACCAUAGUCUGUACAAUUG